AUGGUCAAAUUUAUUGCAACAAUAAAAGCCAUUAUAACGCGUAUAGUGUUUGCAGCGCAUGGUUUUAUUGCUGUAUGGCAAGUGACAACAUUUAAAAAAAAUCCGUUUUACUGGUAUUUAAGUACUCCAAUAGUAUUAUUGUUUUUCGAAGGAAUUUUUACUGUUACAAUUAAAGCUAAUCAAGAAUGGAAAUGGUUUUGUCCUUCUGUAUUCUUGUAUCUCACCAGUGUUGUUCCAGCUAUUUGGCUCCUGGAAUUAGAUAAAUUAGAUCAACGAAUGCUCACAAAUAUAAAUAUCUCAGAAACUCUUGAUCUAACCAAUUUAGCAGCUAAAGAUUUAAAACAUUUGGAAAAGGUUUUUGGGGUUAAUUUAAGAUUACCAGAAAUUCAAAUAUCAACAGAAACAUGGGUAACUUUGAUAGAACAAUUUUUAAUGCUUGUUUUAAUUAUUGGACGAUGGAUGUUACCAAAAGGAGAUUUAACUCGGGACCAAUUAAGUCAACUUUUACUUGUUUACAUUGGAACAGCUGCUGAUAUUAUAGAAUUUUUUGAUUCAUUUAAAGAAGAUAAAAUAGCACGAGAAUUACUUUUAGUCUAUUUGACUUUAGGAAUCUGGUCAUGGUCAUUAAUGCAAUUUACUGUAGUUCUUACGGCAACAAAAUCAAGAAAAGCUCGAUUGUCUUCUGGAACUACAGUCAAAAGAAAAGUACCUACGGAGACUAGUUGUUGUAGUAUUGAUGUUUGGGCUAUAACUCUUAAUAUGAUUCUUCAAGAUGCUCCAUUCCUUGCUUUUCGUUUACUUAUCAUUAUUCAUUAUCGAAUUGUCAGUUAUAUGAAUAUAUUCUUUACCUGCAAAAAUACCUUGGUUAUUCUUUUGCAACUCUAUCGACUCUACGUUGUUGAAAGUGAAAAUAGAAUUAAAAAAAGAAACAAGUGGAAAAGUGAAAAGUAUGAAAUUCCAAGCAUCAGUAUUGUUGCUAGAGAUGAUAUGUAUGGAUACAAAAAUUCUCGAAGAAAACGAAAGCGAAAUGCUAACGAGAAUCAAUCUGAUAGUGAUGAUUACUUUUCUGAUGAUAAUCAUAUUUAUCACAAUAGUCAUAAAAAAAAUAAAAGUGCAUCAACAUAUCGACAUAAAAUGAUUGAUAAUGGAGAAUCAUGUACGGAAGAUAGAGAUGAAAAAAUGAGAGCAUGCGUUGAUAAAAAGAAAUCAAAAAAAGUCAGAGAUAUUGAAGAGGAUAGAAAAAUUGCAAAGAGAAAGGAAAAAGUUAUAAAACUUGAACGUGGAAAUAAAGCAAUGAACAAAUCGUCUACUGAAGAUUCAGAUGAGUUUAGUGAAAAUAAUAAUCAAAGUAAUGAAAUAUCUGAAAUAGAUUCAGAGCAACAAAUAAGAUAUCAACGUCGUAAAAAUCAUCAUAGAAAAUGA